CCGCAAGUUGAAGUCUUGAAAACGCCCAUAACGCUAGUAACAAUAGAGGGUCUAGCGUCUUUACAUACAUUAAUCCAACGAGAUGCUCAUGCGCUUCCUGACGAAUCAAGCAAACAUCACUUGCAGAGACACGUACAGAAACUGGCAAAUGCUGCUCAGGUAUCUUUCGCCAAACAGGUCCUCCUGGAAGACCAGAAUCAAUUCUUGUCGACGCUGAACAAAGAAGCUAAACUCCGCCGAUCGACCAGGUCUGUUAUCUUGGGGAAAGCGAAGGUAAUGAGCUACGAAGACCUUAAAGAGGCGAGGAAGAAGCGUGCU